UACAUACUUGUAGGUAUUAUACCUAUAUACCUACUAUUACGAUACAAAAAAUAUAUUAUUUAAUGUAAAUUUUAAGUUUGUAGAAGAAUGUAUUGAAAUGAUAAACGAACUUGUCAUUUUAUUUCACCAUUUUUGAGGUUAUAAUUAGUUUUUAACAUUGACAAAACUACGAUAGCGGUUAGGUACUUUUAUCAGACCUGUCUUAUUCCGAUAACCUUUAAAACUACAUACUCGGUUUAAUUUAAGUCAAUGUUGAUUAAAAAUGUCGGAUGGCAGUACUGCUUCUGAAACGAAAACUAACACAGAAAAUAAUACAAACCAAAAAAAUUCUAAUGAAAAGAAACCUGAUGCAUGGGGAUACGAUUUGUAUCCGGAAAGAAAAGGGAGUUUUAAGCCCAAAAUAACCAAUGUUCUCAUUGGAAAAGAAGGAAAAGAGAAUAUAGAAAAGCUAAAAUGUGAACAGAACGUCUUCAAAUGUGUGCAAACCAGUCCGAUCGUUAAAAUAAUGAUGGCUGCUCUCAAAAGUUCAGGCUGUCCCAUUGAUAUCCGACGUCAUAUAUCCUGUGAAGUGUGUGACUACUCAGUCAGUGGUGGUUAUGAUCCAGAAUUGAAUCAGAUUGUUGUCUGCCAGAAUGUAUCCACGAGGAAAGGGAUGGUACAAGGGGUAUUGGCUCAUGAAAUGAUCCACAUGUUUGAUUUCUGCAGAAACGAAUUAGAUUUUAAGAACAUGGAACAUUUGGCUUGCACAGAGAUCCGGGCAGCUAAUCUCACUCAUUGCUCCUUUGCGAGUGCUUGGUCUCAGGGAGAUGCAUCAUGGACUAAGAUAAAGAAGGCGCAUGAGGAUUGUGUGAAGACUAAAGCGCUUUAUUCUGUAUUGGCUGUACGACAGAUAGAUAAAUUGGAAGCCGUGGACAUUAUCGAAAAAGUAUUUCCUAAGUGCUACCAAGACUUGGAGCCGAUCGGCAGGAGGAUACGAAGGAAUUCCGAUGACAUGUUUCGAGCUUUCAGAGAAGCCAAAUACUAUGGAUAUGAUGAUUAGUAAAUGUGUGUACCGUAAAAUUCAACCCGAUUUUCAUUUUUAUUUUUUAUUUUUUUGUGUUCAAUUCUCAUCUCUAUUAGAAAAAUGCUUAGAUACAUCCAGACAUGUUCAUUAAGUUAAUAAAAAAAUACGCUUUAGGAUUGACUGUGUAGAUAGUGUAAAUAGAUUUAAUGUAAAUAAAACCAGUUUGUAGUUUAAAA